AUGUUGGCGGCAGCAGCGUCGUCAUCGCCGUCGUGUGUAGACCCGGUGGACAUUGCCACUUCAACGGUGCUUGCGGACUACAAGUGGCUACCCAGCUGUCGUCAUGCCGCUUUUCAGGCGGCCCUGGAGCAGGAGGAGGGGAUAGCGCGUGUGUACUUCGCGGCGGAGGUCGACCUCGCCGUUGCGGUGACAAACAGCAGCAGCAGCAGCCGCGGGGGGAGCACGCAGCACGGGCGCACAACGCACCGGUCCGUCUCACUGUAUGGGAUGGACGAGGACAGAGGAAUUCUGGGAGACGACUCGCAGCCACAGGAACAGCAGUCCGUGGAGACGGUGCGGGCUGUUGUGCUGAUGACGUGGACGGCGCUGUAUAUAUGCGAUACCGACGCCACUGUCCUGCGCUGCGUCCCCGUCGCUGAUGUGGAUGGGGUGGGUGUCAUACGCGACACGUGGCUUUGGCUACGCAUCGUCCAUCCCCACAGGACUUUAACGCUGCUGCAGGAGCCUCCGCUGGCGUUUGGUGCGGCGGCCAAUGGCGACGGGAUGGACACCGUGUUCCGCCUUGCCUCAGAGAAUGAGUCGCCCUUAGCUGUUCAACGCGUCUUCCUGAGGGUUCUCUCCGCCGCACUCAUGCACACGUUGGCCGCGCCGAGUCGAGCGCCACACUCUUCCUCCGCGUCCUCCUCUAUACUGACGCGCACAACAAGUGCUGAUUUUGUGCGCUUUUUUCAUGACUUUAGCCUCGUGCGGCUGCCGUCGCGCAUGCCAUCAACGAUGACGUGUCCCCCUGCCCUGCCGCUCCUGCGGUACAGCGCGGUCUGGAUAGACGUGAGCAAUCCGCAUAGCCUCAUUGAGCACAUGCUGCUACGGCACCAACUCGUCUGUGGGCGGCCGCCGCCCAUUCGCUACGACGUUCUCAAAGAUCCCGUCGCCCGCUGGAGCGACGCGGCUAUUGAAGAGGGGCGGCGCCGACAGCAGGACCCAUAUUAUUCACCCAUUCCGCCCCCUAUCACUCAUGCGCGGUCGCAGCCGGCGCUGCAUGAUGCCAGGAGCAGUGCCUCGCCGCUGCGUCUGGCUGAGAGCCCCUUGCCGCGGGUGUCGCGGAGGGAAGGGGUAGCGCCGGAAGUGCCUGCCAGCAGUUGUGGCAGCAACACGUCGCCUGCAAGGAGGCGUGGGUUGCCUGCCUCCCUGCCACCCCCAUCCCCUCGCAGCACCGUCAAUGCUGAGGUGGUGCCGCCUCUCAC